AUGGCCGAGAGGCUGAUUGCACCUCCGGACAGGACCAUGCAGGCCACCAGGAGGGAGAGGGAAUACCUCAGGGCAGCCAACGAGCGGCUGCGCUGGGAGGAUGCGGAGGGUGAAACCCUGGAUGGUGAAAAUAUUUUCGCCAUCCAGGAUCUCCAGGGCAGGGCCGCCAAAUGGUUGGCGGAUAUGGGGGAUGAGGCCUACAUGGCCGGAGCCCGUUGGGAGGGAGGUGUCGGCCCGGACACCCCGAGAGCCCACUGGAUCCGCGCUCUGAGGCGCGAGGCGCGGGAGCUGGACGCCGAGGGUGAGCAGGUGCUCACCCUGUACGAGAUUGAGGAUGCCUGGGCGCUAAGGAUCCACUUCGGGGAGGAGCCCCCCAACCCGACAACACACAGGAGAAUUGGGACCUGGAUCAGUGGGACUGAGAUCCCCCUUCGCACCAACCCCCUCAAUUAAAUUGAAUUUAAAAAAAAAAAUGUAUCGUAGUUGUAAGAUUUUCUAAAAAUAAAAACAGAAUUUUUA